UUAAUGGGCUUUAAAAACCUUAUAGUUCAAUAUAAUGUUUUGAUUCAGUCUUGGUGGUUAUACGAUGUGAAAUAUAAAAUACGUUUAUAAAUAUGUUAGGUAUAAUGGUAUUUGGAAUGCUAAUAGUUCAUACGACAUCGAACUUUACUGCAGAAAUCAACCAAAGUUAUAACACUACUUUCAAGGACUAUCUGGAUAAGUUCAAACCUAGUCAAGUUUGGAUGGAGAUUGAGGAAAGAAAUAGAUUGAAUGGCUUAAACUGCAGUUUCAAAGACGAAUUAGAAACGAUACUGAAACGCAUCGACCCCAUAGAUGAAUUACUAGCGGUGAAAGUCAAAAAUGGAAACCCUAGAGUUGUGAUCGAUAAGGACAAGGAAGCUAGGAGACAAUUCAACCCACCGGGGAAGCUGUUGAAUACGAAAUUCGAUCAGUUCCGAGUCAGAAACAGGUUGGUCGAGCUGAUGAAGCAAGCGAUCUACCAGGCUAGAAACAAGAUGGUAAUCAUGCAGGAACUAAGGGCGAAAUACAAUAAGAUAUCGGUCUACAAGAUGGGGUUCCUUAUGUCCAAAACAGACAAUGCGUGUAGAAUUUUCGCCACGUUCGCCUACAAGUCUUUUAAAUUCUGCACGUUACAGAGACAAUACUCUGUCAAGAAUUAUCAAAUGCUGCAAAACUUGGAAGCCAUAGAAAGAUUGUUGGACCUGUGGUUUGAUGUGGACCUCCUCAUAGAUCUGAUUUUCCUCAACCAUGAAAACUGUCUGCGGAUGUUGAGGAUGGUGAUAAGUAAUAGGAAACAUGCCUGGAAGUUCGUUGACUAAGCGGAUUGCUAAUACAAUUCAUCAUAUAAUACAAAUUCUCUAUAUUAAAUCAUAACAUACUUUUAGAAAGACAGAAAUGUUAAUUUUAUUUUCUUUGCACAUACUAUAUAACUUAUUGAUGACAAUAUUUAAUUUUUAAAUCUAGACAAUAUUUCAAAUAGUUUUUGUUACAAACACGAGAAGAUUUGCUUAUUUUCCCUAUUUAAGUUUAUUUUUUGCCACUUAAGGUACACAUUGAAUCUUGUUUAAGAUAUAAUGUCAAUACUGUUAACUGAAUAUAAAAUAUUUAUGUAGGCUCUGUUAAUGUUAGAGUGAACAGUUGUUGGAUUUAUAUCGUGAUAAAUAAAAAUUAAUGUUCAAAAAUGGAUAGCGAUGUUAAAUGUUAUG